UAUUCCGAGCCAAUUGACUCCGGAAUCCAAACCGAAAACGAAAACACCAAAAACUAUUUCUAAGUUCUAACCAAGAAAAGAAGAUCCCAAAAUUCAGAAGAAGGAAAUGGAGUUCAAAAAGCCCAGUUUCCCUUUUUUCUUCAAGAGGCUGAAUAAAAAGAGCAGGGGCAGACGUCGUGGUGGUGGUGGUGGUGGUGGUGGUGAUGGUGGUGGAGGUGCUAGUGGCGGCCCUGGUGGUUCAGGGAGGUGGAGUUCCAAGAGUCUCUCAACUGGGCUACGGUGGAAAAGGAGGUUCACUUUGCACUUGUGGUUUGUUGACGUGAUUCUUUUCAAGAUUGUGUCUUUUUUUGAGGCUGUGGUUUUGGUCGGAACUCUCUGUUUCUUCUACCUCUGCUGCGGCUGUCAUAUCUGAUCAUUGAUCGUCAGAUCAUCACCUUCAACACUUCUUUUCCUUUCUGUAUCCAGAUUUCUUGGAAAUCGCAGUAAAAAGAAAGUUUUAUUCCUGUAAAUUUGCGGCCCUCUUUUGUAUUACUAUCUUCUAUUACUGGCUGAGUUUUAAACAAGGUUAGCAAUGGUGGAGAUUUGGACUAUUGACUAGCUUCUUUUUUUCUUUUUUUUUGGUUAAUGGAACUGCCCUGUACAAUUAAUUUUUUCCUUGAUUAAAGUCUAUUGUUUUUGGCUGACGGAAGAAUGCCAAUUCCCCUUUCAA